AUGCAAAAGAAGGGAUUUGAAGAGACAGUACAGCAAUUGUCAAACACCUUGCAGCAGUUUAUGCAAGGUCAAGCAACAAUCAACAAUCAAAACUCUCAAGCGAUAAAUGACAUUCGGAGCACACUUACAAAGAUGACUACGGCAUGGUGCUCUCAAGAGAAAGGAAAACUUCCUGCACAACCUCAACACAAUCCACAAAGUCAGCCACCACAAGGAGCAGUUGAGAGUUCAAAUGUGAGGCAAGUGAAGGCGGUCACCACUUUGAGAAAUGGUAGGGUGGUGAACAUUCCGGCUCAAGGUUCAGACAAGGCUGGUAAGAUUUCAUGUCCUGUACCUGCUCCUUUUCCUCAAAGAUUGGUUCCUCUGCACAAAGACAAACACCAAUCUGAAAUUUUAGAAAUAUUCAAGCAUGUUAGGAUUAAUAUCCCUUUGUUGGAUGCUAUUCAACAAAUUCAUGCAUAUGCUAUGUUUCUAAAAGAUUUGUGUACGGUUAAAAGAAAAUUAAAUGUGCAAAAGAAAGCUUUUCUUACUCAGCAGGUCAGUGCCAUACUUCAGAGCAAUACCCCACCAAAAUAUAAAGACCCCGGUUCACCAACAAUUGCUUGUGUUAUAGGAAGUUCAAAAAUUGGUCAAGCAUUGUUAGAUCUAGGUUCAAGUGUGAAUUUACUGCCUUAUAAUGUUUAUGAGCAACUUGGUUUGGAGGAAUUAAAACCAACUCCUAUCAUUUUACAACUAGCCGAUAGGUCUAUUAAAAUGCCAAGAGGAGUUGUUGAGGAUGUCUUGGUUCAAGUGGAUAAAUUCUUUUAUUCCGUUGAUUUUAUUGUGUUGGAUGUUCACUUGACACACAAAUCUUCUUUUCAAGCACCUGUGAUUCUUGGGAGACCUUUUCUUGCUACUUCAAAUGCAUUAAUAAAUUAUAAGAGUGGUGUUUUAAAGCUGAGUUUUGGGAACAUGACCCUUGAACUAAACAUUUUCAAUAUUUGUAGGCAACCUCAAGACUUGGAAGAUGUACAAGAAGUGAAUUUGUUAGAAAGCAUCCUUGAGGAGGAGACUUAUUUGGCAUACCAGCCCACUAACCUGCUGUUUGAGUUAGAAAAUUUUUGUGAACUCCUCACUGAUGACACCCCCAUUAAUGUUUCUCAUGUUUUUAAUGCAGAAAAUAAAUUGGAGACUAAAUGGAGGCCAAAGAUUGAGCAACUCCCACCGUUGACAGUAAGUUUGAAACCUUCAGCAAAUGAAAUCCCAACACUAGAGCUGAAGCCAUUGCCAAAUGACUUGAAAUAUGCAUUUCUGGGACCGGACAGCACCUUCCCAGUGGUGAUUUCAGCCCAACUCUCUCAUGAUCAAGAAGGAAAAUUGAUGGAAAUCUUAAAGCAACACAAAGGUGCCAUUGGGUGGACAAUCGCAGAUAUAAAAGCGUUAAAGUACUUAUUGUCGAAGAAGGAUGCUAAACCACGUUUAAUCCGAUGGAUUCUUCUUCUCCAAGAAUUUGACCUUAUCAUCAAAGACAAGAAGGGUGCUGAAAACGUAGUUACCGACCACUUGUCUCGGCUUACAUUUGCUGAAAAGGAUCACACUAUCCCUAUCCUUGACUCUUUUCCUGAUGAACAAUUAAUGUCAGUUGAAAAUUUGCCUUGGUUUGUUGACAUAGUUAAUUUUUUGGUAACAGGACAAACUCCACCCCAUUGGAGUGCUCAAGACAUACGAAAAUUCAAGCAUGAGAUUUCAGAAUUGGAUGAGCUUAGGCGAGAUGCAUAUGACAAUUCUAAAUUGUCAAAGGAACGCAUGAAGGUAUUACAUGACAAGCACAUCCAAAGAAAGAAUUUUAAGCCCAAUGAGCAAGUCUUACUUUACAAUUCCCGCCUCCAUCUAUUUCCAGGCAAAUUAAGAUCGAGGCGAAGUGGGCCUUAUGUAGUUAAGGCUGUGUUUCCAUAUGGAGCUGUUGAGAUUACUAAUCCUCAAAAUGGAAACACUUUCAAAGUUAAUGGCCAACGACUUAAAUAUUUUUUGGCAAAACUUUCACAUGAGGAUACUUCCAUUCCUUUGGAAGAUCCCACUUAUUCUCAUGGUCCUUAGCUCAUUUUUGUUUUGCUUUGAUUUUUUUUUUCUCUUCUUUUCCUUUUAUUUUUCUGCUUUUAUUUGUUUCAAUUCUAUGUUUUCUUUUUCUUU